CCCCUCUUGCUUUCUUCUACUCUCUCUACAAUCUUUUGCUCACGCCACACGCCCUUUCUCUUCUCUUCUCUCUUUUUUCUUCAACUUUUUUUUAGAGAGAGAAACACCAUACACAAAAGAAUGCACAAACACUGAAACUUCUCACUACUAAAAAUUCGCUUUCUACAGAAACUUGUUGUUUGUACAGUUUAAGGGUUUGCUUUUCUGUAGUUAAUUAGUUGACACAGCACUCUCUAUCAGUGACUACAAAAGGAAAUUCUGAUUGCAUCUUUAGUACAACAUCUUCUUGGUUUCUAUUACAUGGGAAACAGUGAGGAUGGGAAAUCCUGUAAGCCUGAGAAACCAUCUUCGCCUGCACUGGACCAGAGCAAUCUCCAUGUCUAUCCUGAUUGGGCAGCCAUGCAGGCAUAUUAUGGUCCUCGAGUAGCUGUACCUGCAUAUUUCAAUUCAGCCGUUGCACCUGGUCAUACCCCUCACCCUUAUAUGUGGGGUCCACAGCCUAUGGUACCACCUUAUGGCGCCCCUUAUGCAGCAAUAUAUGCUCAUGGCGGGGUUUACGCACAUCCUGGAGUUCCAAUUGGAUCUCAUCCUCCUGGUCAUGUGAUGGCGACAUCUGCAGCUGUCAGCCAAGCCAUGGAUGGUGCUUCUUUGAGUUUAGAUGCAUCUGCUAAGUCCUCAGGGAAUACUGAUCGAGGCAUGAUGAAUAAGCUGAAGGAAUUUGAGGGGCUGGCUAUGUCACUUGGAAAUGGCAGCGCUGACAAUGUUGAGGGUGGAACAGACAAUGGACAUUCACAAAGUUUUCAUGUUGUGACCAGUGGGGAAACUGACGGUUCAACUGAUGGAAGUGACACAAAUGGAGCUGGGGUCAGUGAGAGAAGCAAGAAAAGGAGCCGUGGGACAACUCCUGAUAACUCUGGUGAUGAUAAGAGUCACUCACAAAGAUGUCAACCUACUAGGGAAGUAAAUGAUGAUGAUGAGAAGUCAAUCGUGGCUGUUAGUUCGGGUAAGGUUGCAGAGAGAGUGAUGGGAACAGUACUUUCUCCCAGCAUGACAACUUUGGAAAUGAGAAAUCCUGCAAGUGCACAUGUGAAAGUUAGCCCAUCUAGUUCACCACUAAGCCCUGCACUUCCGAAUGAAACCUGGUUACAGAAUGAGCGUGAGCUGAAACGGGAGAAAAGGAAACAGUCUAAUCGGGAAUCUGCAAGGCGAUCAAGAUUGAGAAAACAGGCUGAAGCUGAAGAAUUGGCAAUGCGAGUGCAGUCUUUAACAGCGGAAAACAUGACACUCAAAUCCGAGAUAAACAAACUAAUGGAGAACUCGGAGAAACUGAAGCUAGACAAUGCUGCUUUAAUGGAGAGACUGAAAAAUGAACAGUUAGGACAGAAGGAACAAGUGAGUUUAGGUAAGAUUGAUGAUAAGAGGCUGCAACCUGUAGGCACAGUAAACCUGCUAGCAAGAGUCAACAACUCUAGUUCCUUGGAUAGAACAAACGAGGAGGGUGAAGUUUAUGAGAACAAUAGCUCUGGAGCAAAGCUUCAUCAACUACUUGAUACCAGCCCCAGAACUGAUGCAGUGGCAGCUGGGUGAUCAAUGGUACAACCCUUACUUUAAGAUCUUAAAGUUUAGUCUGAUUGUGUAAUUUUGGCGUAAUUAUAAGUCCAAAAUUACUGCUAACUGCUGGAGAGGAACAGAAAGGGGCAGCUGAAUAGGAUUAUGGAACUUACAGGAUUCUAAUUUUACCUAAUUGUAGUUUACGUGCUGGGAGAACUGACGUGUGCUUUUUUCUGUUUCCUUUGUUCUUUUUUCCUUUUCACUUCUGAGUUGGAUGUGGCUAUAAUAGUGUGUAAAUUUAAUCUUCGACAUACUAAAGACUUGAUUGAGGAAUGCUAUCGAACCAAAAUGUUUUGGUUUGGAUGAUAAAAGUGAAUCUGAUAAUUGAUAAAUAAUGUAAUGUUUAUGAUGUUACUUC